UUACAAAACAGCACUGAGGCAGCCUUCUUAUGCACACAUUAUCAAUGAUUGGCACAACAAUACUAAAUUAAAACUCUACAAAAGAAUGCCUCUCAGAAUGCUUUCCCGCUUUUGGGGUCAACUAAACAACCUUGACCUCCCUUACUGGCUAAGGCGUCCCACUUUUUAUUUGUACGUUUGGAUGUUUAAUUGCCGGCCAGAUGAGGUCAUAGUUCAAGAUUUCUCGAGGUACAAGAAUCUUUCUGAGUUUUUUCGGCGUCUACUCAAGCCGGGACUUAGGCCCAUUGAUAAGGCUGUGCUGACCAGUCCAGUAGACGGUAGAGUUUUGCAUUGCGGGAGGGUUCAAAACGGAACCUUGGAACAAGUAAAAGGCGUAACUUAUUCAUUAAGUGGCUUUCUAGGACCUUUAAAUUUCAACGUCGUCAACCAUUCAAACUUCGAAAAACUAAACUACUUCGGCCAGAUGAGAAAAAAAUCUGUUCGACCGGACAGUUCAGUAAAUGAGAGCGAUGCCUUUAUUAACGGCCAGUUAAUUGAAGGUAAACACAAAAGUGACGUAAUCGAUGCUGAUGAUGACGUCGUUGAUAAUAAUAUUGAUGACGAAGAAAGGAAAGCGAAAGCAAACUCUUCGAACGAUGAAAACGAAAUUAAGUCAGUAUCCAAAUCAGAUGACAAACAUUUGAGCCAAUACAACUUUGACAUUAACAACAUCAACAACAACAAAAUUGGUAUAAAUAGUACCCCUUUUAAAUCAUCCAACAUGAAUAAAGCCCCGCCCUUGUUAUGUGACCCAACCAUGAACGGCCUGUUUUACUGUGUGAUAUAUUUAGCCCCAGGGGAUUACCAUAGAUUUCACUCUCCAGCUGAUUGGUUCGUCCAGAUGAGGAGACAUUUUCCAGGCGAGUUAUUCAGUGUCAAACCAUCAGUCGCUCACUGGCUCAAGGGCCUAUUCAAUAUGAAUGAAAGGGUCGUUUACUUCGGUAGAUGGGCCCAUGGGUUCUUCUCCAUGUCCCCUGUAGGUGCGACCAACGUCGGGUCGAUAUGUGUCUACAUCGAUAAGAGUUUAAAGACAAAUGUAUAUAGGAACAAUAAACUACUAAUACAUUACGAUAAAUCCUUCAUCAACAACAAAAACAACGACGAUGAUGAUAAAAACAACAACAGCACUAGCGGUAAAAAUGAUAGUAACGUUAACAAUACAAUUGAUGUCAAAAGUAUUGAUCCAAGGCUAUCUCAAAUACAUCAGCAACCACAACAGCCACAACCACAUCAGCCACAACAACCACAACAGCAAAAACAGCAACCACAAGGUAUAUACCUUAAAAAGGGAAAAUUGUUUGGCGAGUUUAACCUAGGUUCAACGAUCGUUCUGCUUUUUGAAGCGCCAAACAACUUUAGAUUCGCCGUCGUGCCUGGACAAAAGAUUCAAUAUGGCCAAGCAAUAUCAGUUGAAUGAAUUAUGAAUUGAUGGUUAGAUGAAUGAAUGAUGAAUUGAUGGUUGGAUGAAUGAAUGAAUUGAUGGUUAGAUGAAUGAAUGAAUGGAUUAAUGGGAAGGUGAAUGGACUAGGAAUGGAUAGAUGAAUUGAUGAGUGAUUGAUUGAAUGAAUGAUUGAAUAAACGACUUGUUGAUUAACAAACUAAUAUUUAUUACCAUAAACAAUUGUAUUUUCAAAUUAAUUGUAUAUGUAUAAUAUGCAUUUGUAUAUAUUAUAUAUAUAUAUAUAAGUGUGUGUGUGUUUUUAGAUGUUUAACUUAUUUUAACUUGUUCUUUUAGGCUCAUUCUUUGUUAAUUUUAUUUUCCAUACUAAAAAUAUUUUAACUGCAGUUUGAAUUCUAUUUUAAUGAAGCAUC